AUGGCAUCUACAAACGAUCUCACGAUCUCGAUCGACCGGAAUUAUCUGGACACCCUCAUCAGAAGGCUAACUACUCGAACAGGGCUCAAUUGGUACGGCUUACACGAUUGCCCAUCCUUCAUCUGUUCCUUCGUCUUCGUGAGGAUUGCUGACGAAGCCUGCUUGAAGAACACCGACAACGAUUCCAACUCAAGUUGUCUCACUGUCACCAUUACCCGCGCCGAGCAUGACAUCCUUGUCAAAAAGGCCCAAGAAUUCGCGAACUUGCGUCGUAACCUCAUGCGAGGAGGUGUAACUGAAGCUACCCUGGCUGUAUUGACCUGUGACGAGUCCAACUAUCAAGAGGAUAAUGUUGAAGGGCACGUCACUUCAUCUUCCGAGGCUCCUCAGAAUGGGAUUCAACGUACAGUCGGCCAGUCACGCGUGACGACUGCCACGGCUACACGAGGAAACCAAAACUUAAGCCGAUUUCCUAUUCAGCAACCUGUCAAGCGUGAGUGGCCCGAGGAGCAACCUGUCAGCCUCGAUGAAUCUGAGGCGACGAUCUCUCCCGUUGAGCCUGAGCUCAAGCCUGAACAUGCUUUCGGGGAUCAGAAUGAUUCCCAGUUGCCCGUACAGCCUCGGUUCGAGCGUUUGGCCACCAGGACUAUCUUGAUCUCAAACCUCGCCGAAGGCACAACUCACGCUGAUAUCAUUGGCGUUGUGCGUGGUGGUCAGCUGCUGGACAUAUUCAUGAGACCGUACGACCGGACUGCCCAUGUGUCUUUCUUGCAUGGUACCGACGCAGCGGCCUUCCUUGAGCAUACCCGGCGCCAUGAUCUAUACAUCAGACAGAAAAGAGUUGAUGUUCGAUGGAGUGAUCGGCACUUCACAUUGCCUGGCCAUGUUGCGAGUAAGCUCGGCAUUGGUGCCAGUCGCAAUCUCAUCCUUCGACGAUGCGACCCGAAGCUCACCGAAGAGGAGAUUCGGGAUGAUAUGGAGCACAUCCACAACUUGGUUGUCAUUGCUGUCAGUUUCCGAGGCGGAAGCUGUUACAUCAACACGAACUCUGUGCACAAUGCCAUGUUUGCGCGGACCUGCAUGAUGAGUCGAUUCAAAUACAAGGGAUCUAAAAUCGAGUGGGACGUCGAUGAAUGUGCGCAGCCCUUGCCUGCCGAACCUCAGCGAGCCCAGACUCAAGUGCCCCCGAUCAGACUCCCAAUGAAUCCCAUGACCAACCGUUUCGAGCUUUUGAAAUUGGACAAGACUGAAGAGGACGAGGAAAACACUCGGCCAGAGCUUCACACAAGCUCCCAGCUAAAGAUUGUGGUUUGA